AUGGCUGCUGUUAUUCAAUUUUGUAACUGGUGCGAAGUCGAUCUCCUUAUUCGACCCGUCCUCACACAACACAUGACCGAUGUUGAAGGUCUUGACUCUGUUGACUCCUUCGCCAACAGAACGACUUCUCAAGUUUGUGAAGACAUAAAAUCUAUGCAAAGAGCCCCUGAUCCCAACAAUGCAAAUGCGACUAUCGGAGUCACCGCUCGCAAAGCAAUGACUAUUCAUCGUAUCUCCAAAUAUGGGAAGCUCCUCACUUUAGUUCAAAGAACCCAUACACCAGCCCUUGGAACCAUUCAAACUCUCCUUUUUAUUGGUCAAUUCUAUGAUGAGAACCCAGAUCUUAUCGAAGGGGACUCCUACCCACUUCCUCCACAUCCUCCAAAGUUCAACAAUCGCGAUGGUCGAAUCAUGAUGGAAAAUAUCGAAAGUUGGGCUCGUACUGCCUGUGGCUACCGUGGAAUUCGCCUUGAUUAUAUUUUCCGUGAAAACUCUGUACUUCCACUCGUCGGUGACCCUGGUUUUCUCAAAGCCGAUGAUGGCACUCGCUCCAUUGAGGAAGAACUCGUCCGACGUGCUGCUCAUACUGGCGCUGUGUUCCGUCGCAACAACCAGAAAUUUUGGGUUAUGCUCCAUGCCGUCACACAUGAAACUGAUGCCUACAAUCACGUUCG